UCGUUUUUUGUUUUUGUUUCAUCGGUGAUUUUCCAGAUUUGAUUCAUCAUCAUCAUCAUCAGAUGUUUUAAUUUUUGAACAGUAAAAUUUUGGAACAAAAAUCUCUAUCUAUUCAAAGUUUAUUGUAGAUAAAAAAAAAAAUCCAAAAUGGAUCAACAAACAUUGGACGCAUUUUUGAAACAAUCGACAACCAAACCAAUUUAUAAACAAUAUUUACCAUUCAUGAAAUUGGCACGUGAUUGUUUUGUACAGAAUCCAAUCAUAACAUAUUGGACAUUAUGUUAUGUGGUUGAAGCUGCAUUAAAAAAUCAAACAAAACCAAGUGAUGAUUUUCGUAAAUUUUUAUUGGAAAUAAUGUCAUGUUUAGAAAUGGAGAAAAAAUCACGUUCUAGUACUGGUGAUAGAUUAUUCUUGGAUGAAAAAGAAGCACAAAAAUUUAUAGAAGAAUAUGGUAAUAAAUUGGUGGAAAAAGCUGAAGAAAAUGAAGAAUUAAUGGAAAAAUAUGAUCUUGCAUAUAAACUUUAUUUAUCGGCAUCAAACAUAUUUCAAAUGUACACCGUAUUUGUUCGUGAUGAUGAAGAGAAUUUGAAACGAAUUAAAUUCUGUAAAUGGCGUGCUGUUGAAUGUUUUAAAAAGAAAAAAGAACAAGAUGAAAAUCCAACACCCAAACCUGAAGAUAAUGAUAUUGGUGGUGGUGGUGGUGGUGGUGGUAGUGAUGGAUCGCUUGGUGAUAAUAAUGAACAACAUCAUGAAUCAUCAUGUCCAUAUCCAUCUGGUGGUACAUCAACAUCAUCAACGAGCAAUACAUUGCCUUAUCCAUCAAACAUUGGAUUUUCUCCUGGUUCUAAUGAUUAUAAUAAUGUUCAUUUUAAUGAACCGAUUAAUCCUAUUGAACCAUCACCAUCAUCAUCAUCAUCAUCAAUCCAGUAUCCUACACCAGCACCACGUGCAACACCAACAAACGCCGGAUCAAAACCUCAAGAUGAUCGUCAAAAACAAUUGGCACAAGAAUUGGCUUCAUUACAGCUUUCUGAAUCAGAUUCAAAACGUGCUGAAUUAUUAUGUGAAAGUGCAUUGUAUGCAAUACGUGCCAAUGAUCUAUUGACAGCAGUGGAAACAUUGAAACAAACAUUAGAAUUGCUUUAUAAACGUGCAAGAAAAUGAAAUGACCAUCAACAACUUAUAAAUAAAAAAAAAAAAAAAAAAAAAAAUCCAUUUCCAAUAGUACAAAGAGCGAGAAUAUAUUCGAAUAAUUCUGGUCAUCAACAUCAUCACUUAAGCAACCCAAAUCUCAAAUAAUUACCUGUCUUACAAAUGAACAACAGA